AACACCCAUACAGCCACGUGAUCGACUCUCUGAGGGAUGGCGCGAUCAAGUUCUUCAAUCCACAGAAAUUAAACGAUCCAAGAUACGACAAACUGCCUCUCUCCAUCCGCGUCAUACUGGAGGCAGCGAUUCGCAACUGUGAUGGCUUCUACACAAAGGAGGACGACGUGCAGAAUAUCUUGGACUGGCAGCGGCAGCAGGAUAAAACGGAGGUGCCGUUCUCACCGGCGCGAGUCCUUCUGCAGGACUUCACUGGUAUUCCUGCUAUGGUGGACCUGGCAGCCAUGAGAGAUGCCGUGGUCAAACACGGUGUGGACCCUGCUCUAGUUAACCCGAAAUGUCCCACGGACCUCAUCGUAGACCACUCGCUGCAGAUAGAUUUUAACAAAUGUGCGAUACAGAACACCCCAAACCCCGGUGGAGGGGACGGUCCAAAUCCGAGCCAGGCUCCGUCUCGCUCGACUUCCUCCAGGCCUCCGUCCAGAGGUGGCUCACAAUGUGGGGGCCAGAGGGGCCCCUGCGGUAAAACUGCCUGCAACGACCCCCCAAACCUCCCGGGUCGACCUCCAGCCUCUGUCCAACAGAUCGAGAACACUCCCCUCCUCUGUCCCUUCCACCUGCAGCCCGUCUCCGAAACUGAAACGGCUGUGAAAAAUCAGGAAAUGGAACUGAUCAGAAACAAAGAGAGGCUUCAGUUCUUUAAGUGGUGCUCAAAAGCAUUUAAGAACGUGAACGUGGUUCCUCCGGACGUUGGCGCUGUCCACCAGGUGAACCUGGAGUAUCUGUCCAGAGUGGUGCAGGUCAGCGAUGGUUUGAUCUACCCUGACAGCGUAGUGGGAACCGACUCCCACACCACCAUGAUCAACGGCCUGGGCGUCCUCGGCUGGGGUGUUGGAGGAAUUGAGUCUGAGGCGGUGAUGCUGGGCCAGCCGGUGUCUCUGACCCUUCCCCAAGUGGUGGGCUGUAAACUGGUGGGCUCCAUUAACCCCCUGACCACGUCCAUCGACAUCGUGCUCGGAAUCACCAAGCACCUGCGCCAGGCUGGAAUCUCGGGGAGGUUUGUGGAGUUUUUCGGGCCCGGUGUCUCCCAGCUGUCGGUUCCUGACCGGACCACCAUCGCCAACAUGUGCCCAGAAUACAACGCCACCGUCAGCUUCUUCCCCGUCGACCACGUCGCACUCAAGCACUUUAAAAAGACAAAUUUUACGCAGGAAAAGCUCGAACUGCUCGAGUCUUACCUGAAGGUUGUAAAUAUUUUCCGAAGCUUUGAAGAAGCCUCAGAAGACCCCCAGUACUCUGAGGUGAUAGAAAUCAACCUGAGCUCCAUAGUUCCCCACGUCAGUGGACCGAAAAGACCUCAGGACAGGGUGGCUGUGAGCAGCAUGAAGGAGGACUUUCAGAGUUGUCUUAACGAGAAGGUGGGUUUUAAAGGCUUCCACAUCUCCAAGGAGAAGCAGGAGCUCCGUGUUCCCUUCACGCACUGUGGUCAGGAGUAUCAGCUGGCACACGGCUCCGUGGUCAUCGCCGCCGUCAUCAGCUGCACCAACAACUGCAACCCGUCCGUCAUGCUCACCGCAGGUCUUCUGGCCAGAAAGGCCAUCGAGGCUGGGCUUGUGGUGAAGCCGUACAUUCAGACCAGCCUGGCUCCUGGGAGCGGGAUGGUCACUCACUACCUGAGCGCCGGUGGAGUCCUGCCGUACUUCAGCCAGCUGGGGUUCGAGGUGGUUGGUUACGGCUGCUCCACCUGCGUCGGCAACACGGCGCCGUUACCUGAAGCUGUGGUCGAUGCCAUUAAACAGGGCGACCUGGUGGCGUGCGGCGUCCUGUCCGGCAACAGGCACUUCGAAGGCCGCCUGUGUGACCGUGUGCGCGCCAACUACCUCGCCUCCCCGCCCCUGGUGGUCGCCUACGCGAUUGCAGGGACUGUGGGAAUCGACUUUGAGACGGAGCCUCUGGGUGUAACGUCGGACGGCAGGGAGGUGUACCUUCAUGAUAUCUGGCCGUCCAGAGAGGAGGUCCAGCAGACCGAGGAGGACGCGGUCAUCUCCUCAGUCUUUAAGGACCUCCGGGGAAGGAUGGAGAAAGGGAACAAUUUCUGGAACAAUCUCGAAUGUCCGGACUCCAUCGUUUUCCCGUGGGACCACAAGUCCACAUACAUCCGCUCGCCGCCGUUCUUCAGCAAACUGAGUAAAGACGUCCCCGCUCCUCAGUCCAUAGAAAACGCUCACGUCCUACUCUUCCUGGGGGACAAAGUGACCACAGACCAUAUCUCACCAGCAGGCAGCAUCGCCAGGAUCAGCGCCGCUGCCAAGUACCUGCAGAGCAAACGGCUGACGCCGCGGGAGUUUAACUCGUACGGCGCUCGCAGAGGCAACGACGCAGUGAUGACCAGAGGAACGUUUGCCAGCAUCAAGCUGCAGAACCGAUUAAUCGGCAAACCGGGCCCGAAGACUUUGCACAUUCCUUCAGGCCAGACUCUGGACGUGUUUGAGGCGGCUGAUCGCUAUCAGAGAGACGGCGUCCCCCUCAUCAUCCUCGCCGGUAAAGACUACGGCUCUGGAAACUCCCGGGACUGGGUGGCAAAAGGACCGUACCUGCUGGGGGUGCGCGCCGUCAUCGCCGAGAGCUUCGAGAAACUCCACAAGAACCAGCUGGUUGGGAUGGGCAUCGUGCCGCUCCAGUUUCUCCCGGGCCAGAACGCCAGCUCCCUGGAGCUCAGCGGGAAGGAGAGGUUCAGCGUCGCGUUUCCGGAGCAGCUGAGUCCGAGGCAGCAGCUCACCGUGAAGACCAGCAGAGGAGCGUCGUUCGGCGUCGUGGCGCUCUUCGACACCGACGUGGACCUUAUCUGUUUCCAACACGGAGGCCUUCUGAGGCGCGUGGCUCGGACCGAGAUCCAAACCAGCCCGCGGUCGGGAUCGGACCGCACCCGGAGCUCGCCGUGUCCAUGAAGCAGCCGCCGUCUUUUUACGUCCGCACAGACACACUACAGGAAGCUCCUCUCGUUUGUCCCUCCCAGUCUGUUCGUCAGACGUUUGAAACACACGCGAGCGGCCGCCGAUCACCCGCUCCUCCUCACAAGUGCGCCGACUCAAA